AUGGAUCCUUUGGACAAGGACAUGCCGACAAAUGGAGCGAAUCUGAAAACUCAUAAAGCACUUCCACGGAAAAGGGAUUUAAUCCAGGAUGAUGAGGUUUCUUCACCUGCCGAGAGUACACGGUCUCGUACCAUGAGCCCUCUUUCAAAUGGAUUUACUCUCCCUAAGCCCGUGCAAGCCCUCCCUUUAACACCGCCUUCGCUAUCACUCGAAUCGAAGAAGCAGUCAUCGCCAAUUUCGACCAUCCGCGAUUCACAACUACAAAGCCCCGAUCCCGCACUGCAGGCAACCCCAACGCGCAAGGCAAAUCUGCUUACUCCGGAUAUCACUCCGCCACGAGUUGUAUCGCAAGGCCACAAACGGCCUCCGCAGUUUCGAAAUUUCGCGUCCAUGUCUUCUAAGGCAGAGUCUUUCAAGACCGCCCGUGAGGUGUUUUCUUCAGAUGAUGAUGUGGAAGCAACGAAACUCUUUGAUUCGGAACGUUCUUGUCUACUGCGAGGUUAUGACAACAGUAUUGACUCUGACCAAUCCCCUAAUUUGAGUUCCCUUGACAGCACCCCACCGGUGAAUGGAAGAAAGGUCUCAAAGGAAUCGUAUCAUUUUGGUUCACUUGAAGGGCAUUGGAAGGAGAACGGGAUUGAGUCAAGCCAAUUGCCAAAAGUAAGGAACAAACAAAGACAUAGAAGUGGCUUGAAAAGUCAGGAGGCGUCUCCAAAAACGUAUGAUGCAGAAGUACGGCGCAAAAGGUUAGGUUCCCAACCAAAUCGUGAAAGAUCUCUACGUGAACGAGUAAAAGAAGCUAAAAAGGCCACGAAUCGACUCUCCAUCGAGGAAUUCGGAAAAGAAAUCGGCUGGUUUUCGAUAGAAGAUCGUGACAAACAUUCUUGCGACCUUUCCGGAGUAUCCGCAACAUCGACUAUCGAGGCGGUCAUAAUCGACUCCCCGCCUCGCAAGAAGCAAACCUUGCGCCAUACAGGAAAGGCCGAAUCUCUUCGUUCCGUUAGCUCUCCGGUCUCACGUCCGCCACGCGACACCUCGACUUCGCGAGCUUCAGAGCAGAGCCAUCGCUUGGUUCGUAGAAACACUCGCAUAACCAACCAAGACCGUUUGAGCGUUGCAUCUGACAACUUGUCUCUGGCAUCAACCACCACUUGUUCAAAACCCAAACCGGCAGAGGAAAUCAUACCCGUGGUUGUCAUUCCUCAGCGGCGGUCCUCACUAAGAUCCUCUGCCUGUGGGAGUAGGGAACACUCACGGACACGCCCUAUACCCGAAAACCGUCGGCCAAGCACAGCGCCUGAAGGUCAGACUCCUUCCCGACCAUUUGACGUUUCGAAACGGCGACGUACUAUGUCCGAAUCUGAACCCCGUUGGCGGAAAUCUAUCGAUGCUCCUCGGUGUGGCCCCAUAUACCAACCUCGAAUUCCUGUGAGAAGGUCCUCUUUGUCAGCGUCCACGAGCCGCAAUCCGUCCCGAACAGCCUCACUUACGUCGGAUAAUUUGCAGCGGUAUCAACAAGAACAGGAGGCUCAAGCUUUUCUGAAUGAAAAACCUACAAGAGGAAAGCAGAAUGAUGACCAAUCCAUCCCUCCAAUUGCACCAAAAGUUGAACAGCCCGAGCCCGAGAAUAUUGUUGCUCGAGAAAAUAGCAAUGGCCAAAUUUAUCUAUCAGUUGAGACCCAUUGUAACGACUCUCUACUACAGACUCCAUCCUUGCCAAAAACACCAUUUCAGCCGUCAAUCCAAUCGUUGUCUCCUGGCCCUAUUGAAAUCUCAGAGGCUCGUGCUGUACCUUUCUUCGCACACAACAAUAAGUCACUCCUCGUGGUUGAACAAUACCCCCAGACGGACUCUCAAGCAGUGCAAAGAUUGCGUACUUCGCCAACAGACUUAGAAGUGAUUCUGGUGGAACCUCGGACGCCCGUGAGGGAUUCCGAUAUCGAAACUCCGUGCAUCGACUCCCCGCUUCGAAAUCCCAGGGCCCCUCCGAAACCUCCUGUGUUUAAAAUCAUCCCUCCAACUCCGGCAGAAAGCAAUAAUCAUCAACAUUAUCAUCUGCCGUCGAGUAGCACCGAAAGCAGUAAUGGAUUCGCACGGCGAUGGGACUCGCUACGCCAUAGCUUUAGCGCCAAACGCCAUGCGAGCGUCAGGGAGGCAAAUCAGCCUGUUUAUCGGUUUCGAAAUCGCAAAGCUGGGAAGGAGAUUGACGGCGAACUACAUCCGUUUUGGCGACCACGAGGAUUCUGGGACGAUUUCAAAGAUUCAGACCUCGACGGUGAGCCGGUUCAGCGAAAACCUGCACAACGAAAUAUCACUGGCGGAAUUGGAGACGUGUACAUUGGGAAUUCACUGGGUAUACCUCAAAGCCGAAUCUUCCAAGGCCCACUCACCCUCAUACGACGAGUCUCGAACCGAUCUCGACGCCGCAAAAACGCCAGCCAUACCAGCAUUCUCAGUGCUACGCUGUCUCUUUCCGGUGGACGAGGCCGCGAUCGUGCUCUGCCUCAUUUACUUUCGGUGCGUGAACUGCAAAAUUGGCUGACGCGUACUCGGCGUAGAAGGGAGCGACGGAAGCUCGAGGCGAAAAGAAAUAAAUUGCGACAUAUGAUAGGUGAAAAGGUGGCUGUUGACCCAAAUUUGGUUAUUGGAAGAUAUAAUCCACCACCUCGAUCUGCGUUUGAUAGUUGA